GGCAGGACUUGUGCUUGUUUUCCAAGCCUCGCGUCUUCGUGCUUUGUCGUUUACCUCCGUGGCUAGCUGUUGCUCGUCUGAGGUGUGAACGAUGAUUGACAAUAAUGGCGACGCGUUUCUGAGUUGACUCCAGAGACCCAUCUCCGGCUGACAAAGGGAACAUAUUGCAUGGAUCUUCACUACCAUACUCAACAAAAAUAACAAUAAGCAACUACCAAAAGGACUGCAUUUAUGUUAACGAGAAGAACCGGAUAGCCAGGGGAUGUUUAUCUUGUUAGCAUUGCUGUAGCUAGCAAAUCGGCUCGCUAGCUAGCUUGUUAAGUUGAAGAGCUGGCAUUCUGUGGAGUGGAGGUGAGGGACAGCAAGCUUGCUGAGUACUGAGAUCUGCCUGAGCUAGAAAUGUGGCUACUUUAUAGGCUUUCAGGGUAAUUAACGGUAGUUCCCUACUCUCAGAGACAAUACUGGGGUAGGCAUUGGCUUAUAGUUCAGGUUAUAGUUUUUGGAACAGGGUCCACCAGCCUUCUUAGAUAGCUUACUUAGCUAAUAGGGUAGCUUUGUGUAUUGUUCCAGUCUUUUUUCUGCUUAGACUUGCUUACACUUACAUUUGGAAACUGUCCACCGGAGCACUUAUAGCUGGCAAGCAACGACUGAUAGCUUGCUAACCUGUAGGAAUCGCUGUGGCAUUGCGAGAUCUUUUCGUAAAUGACCACCGGCAGGAAUAACCGAGCGAUGAUGGAAGGAGUUGGAGCGAGAGUGGUCCGCGGACCUGACUGGAAGUGGGGGAAGCAGGAUGGCGGAGAAGGACAUGUUGGCACCGUCAGGAGUUUUGAAAGUCCAGAGGAGGUGGUUGUUGUCUGGGAUAAUGGGACGGCUGCUAACUACCGUUGUUCUGGAGCAUACGACGUGAGGAUAUUAGACAGUGCUCCAACAGGCAUCAAGCAUGAUGGAACCAUGUGUGACACCUGCCGUCAACAGCCCAUCAUUGGUAUUCGCUGGAAAUGUGCUGAAUGCACCAAUUACGACCUCUGCACAACCUGUUACCAUGGAGACAAGCAUCACCUGAGACACCGGUUCUACAGGAUCACGACCCCAGGCAGUGAGAGAGUACUUCUGGAGUCACGUCGCAAGUCAAAGAAAAUCACGGCCAGAGGGAUCUUCACUGGCGGCCGAGUGGUGAGAGGAGUGGACUGGCAGUGGGAAGACCAGGAUGGAGGCAACGGGAGGAGAGGAAAGGUGACAGAGAUCCAGGACUGGAGUGCAGCCAGCCCUCACAGUGCUGCCUAUGUACUGUGGGACAAUGGGGCCAAGAACCUGUACAGAGUUGGCUUUGAGGGAAUGUCGGAUCUGAAAUGUGUCCAAGAUGCCAAAGGAGGCUCGUUUUACAGAGACCACUGUCCCGUUUUAGGUGAGCAGAAUGGCAACAGAAAUCCCGGUGGUCUACAGAUUGGAGAUCUGGUCAACAUAGACCUUGACCUAGAGAUUGUCCAGUCCCUCCAACAUGGCCACGGCGGGUGGACUGAUGGCAUGUUUGAGACCCUCACCACCACAGGCACAGUAUGUGGCAUCGAUGAGGACCACGACAUUGUCGUUCAGUACCCCAGUGGGAACAGAUGGACAUUCAACCCAGCAGUGCUGACAAAGGCCAAUGUAGUGCGCAGUGGCGAAGUUGCAGCUGGGGCGGAGGGAGGCAGUUCCCAGUUCUUAGUGGGAGACCUGGUUCAGAUUUGCUAUGACAUUGACCGCAUCAAGCUGCUACAGAGAGGCCAUGGAGAGUGGGCUGAGGCCAUGCUGCCUACCUUAGGAAAGGUUGGCCGUGUGCAGCAGAUCUACUCUGACAGUGACCUGAAGGUCGAGGUCUGUGGAACUUCUUGGACGUACAAUCCUGCUGCUGUCACCAAGAUUGCCCCCUCUGGCUCUGCUGUUAGCAACGCCUCUGGAGAGCGCCUGUCUCAGCUGCUGAAGAAACUAUUUGAGACACAAGAGUCUGGUGACAUCAAUGAGGAGCUGGUCAAGGCAGCAGCUAAUGGAGACCUGGCUAAAGUGGAGGACAUUCUUAAAAGGCCUGAUGUAGAUGUGAAUGGGCAGUGUGCUGGACACACCGCUAUGCAGGCAGCCAGUCAGAAUGGUCACGUGGACGUCUUAAAACUGCUGCUUAAACACAACGUAGAUCUGGAGGCUGAGGACAAAGAUGGAGACCGUGCGGUACAUCAUGCGGCCUUUGGUGAUGAGGGUUCUGUCAUUGAAGUGCUGCAGAGGGGCGGUGCUGACCUGAACGCCAGGAACAAACGAAGGCAGACUCCUUUACACAUAGCUGUUAACAAAGGCCACUUGCAGGUGGUCAAAACCCUGCUGGACUUUGGCUGCCACCCCAGUCUCCAGGAUUCGGAGGGGGACACACCCUUGCACGAUGCCAUCAGCAAGAAGAGAGACGACAUGCUGUCAGUACUACUGGAGGCCGGUGCGGAUGUCACCAUCACCAACAAUAACGGGUUUAAUGCCUUGCAUCAUGCUGCCCUGCGAGGAAACCCCAGUGCCAUGCGCGUGCUGUUAUCCAAGCUGCCGAGGCCUUGGAUUGUAGAUGAAAAGAAAGAUGACGGCUACACUGCACUGCACCUGGCUGCCCUCAACAACCAUGUAGAGGUGGCUGAGCUUUUGGUGCACCAGGGCAACGCCAGCUUAGACAUCCAGAAUGUCAACCAGCAGACGGCAUUACAUCUGGCAGUGGAGCGCCAACACACCCAGAUAGUCCGGCUGCUGGUACGCGCAGAGGCCAAGCUCGACGUGCAAGACAAGGAUGGAGACACACCACUUCAUGAGGCACUGCGUCACCACACGCUGUCCCAACUGCGGCAGCUCCAAGAUAUGCAGGAUGUCAGCAAAGUAGAGCCCUGGGAACCCUCAAAGAACACGUUAAUCAUGGGCUUGGGCACCCAGGGAGCAGAGAAGAAGAGUGCAGCAUCCAUUGCCUGCUUCCUAGCAGCUAACGGAGCAGACUUGACUAUUCGUAACAAGAAGGGUCAAUCCCCUCUAGACCUGUGUCCUGACCCCAGCCUCUGCAAGGCUCUGGCCAAAUGUCACAAAGAAAAGAGCAGCGGCCAGGUGGGCACCCGCAGCCCGUCUCUGAACAGCAACAUAGAGUCACUGGAGGAGUGUAUGGUGUGUUCGGACAUGAAGAGAGACACACUGUUCGGGCCCUGCGGGCACAUCGCCACCUGCUCCCUCUGCUCGCCACGUGUGAAGAAGUGUCUCAUCUGCAAGGAUCAGGUCCAGUCAAGAACCAAGAUCGAGGAGUGCGUAGUGUGCUCUGACAAAAAGGCGGCCGUGUUGUUCCAGCCCUGUGGUCACAUGUGUGCUUGUGAGAAUUGUGCCAGCCUCAUGAAGAAGUGUGUACAGUGCCGGGCUGUGGUGGAACGCCGCACCCCCUUCGUUCUUUGCUGCGGAGGGAAAGGUAUGGAGGAUGAUGCCGAUGAUGAUGAUGAUGAUGAUGAUGAUGAUGAUGGCCUUAGGAGCUCUAACACUAUGGCAGGGGGAUCGCAGGAUCUUCUCCAGCCCAACAAUCUGGCACUAAGUUGGUCCAGCGGAAACAUCCCAGCCCUGCAGAGAGACAAGGAUAACACCAAUGUCAAUGCUGAUGUACAAAAGCUACAGCAACAGCUCCAAGACAUCAAGGAACAGACUAUGUGUCCGGUGUGUCUGGACCGACUGAAGAACAUGAUCUUCAUGUGUGGCCACGGCACCUGCCAGUUGUGUGGGGACCGAAUGAGCGAGUGCCCCAUCUGCCGCAAGGCCAUCGAGCGCCGCAUCCUCCUCUACUAGAUCCCCCCUCCACAGACUGCCAUCUCUUCUCUUAAACCUCACACUGACCACACCCGCAAUGCCACAGCCACACCAGCUGCUGCUGCUGCUGCUCAACCAUCCUCACCGCACCCGUGCCAGCCUGCCAGCCAAGGGCAUUCUCUAAUGUCUUAUUGUACACAACAAAUGCUCUCUUAAAGGUAUGAUGGUGUGCACAUAGAAUUUCUGUUACAAAAGGAAAAUAUAAAUUUACUUAUUAGUUCUGCUGUUCUGUCAUCAUGUUUCCUAAAUGCAGCCACAAAGUUGCUUGCUUAACAGAUGUCACCCUUUUUCUCAGUCUUUCCUUUUUCUUUUUCCUCUCCUCGUCCCAUAAUCUGUUUUUUACUUGAUAAUGUAAAGUGUCUGAUCUCUCUUUGAGUCUGUGAUGGCACCUUCUGACACAGUUUUUGAUAUGAACUUAAGGGGCGAUUUCCACAUCUGGAUUUGACCCUGGAACAGUGCUGAAUAUCAGAGUUAAUUCACAAGUGUAGAGGGAGUAAGAGCGGUCUGGUACAUUUCAUGUAAAGUUCUUUUGUAUAUCUCACAGUUUUACUGUAUUUGUAAAUCCUUAUGCAGGUGUAUUGGAAUCAGAAGCUCCUCAUUUGGAUUUUAAGUACUUAUUUUUUCAUGACACUAAGGCAGGUUUGUGACACAUUACCGUUUGCACCAUUUCAGAGUUCAGUGAGUGUUAUAGUUUAUGUUCAGUCUGGCUGUUGUUACUAUAUGUAGAUCUGAUGUUGGCAGCUGAGUGAGCGUGAAAGCUCGUUUCCACACUGACUCUGCCCAGCUCAGUAAUAUAACACAGACAGUGCUGCCUGCCAGGUAGCACGCCACGCCCGUACAUUGUUUACCAAGCUGUACCAAGAACAACUGCAGUGUUGCAACACCCUACUGACUGCGGAUUUAAGAGCCGCCUUUCCGUGAUUCAAGAUUAACACGAAGCCAUUCAGCUUGUGUCCAGUGAUCAGCUCCUGUUAUACUUUGUUGUACACACUGACCCGCACAAUGCAAACAUUUGUGUAACAAGAGUAUCUUGUCACAACUUGGAUGUUAAACUGGUUCAAGACUUGGCGGUAUUGUCCGACAAAAAUUGUACAAUUCAGUGAGCAUUGCUGAUUUUACCAUUGAUGACUCGGUGCCAUUUGCUUCCAAAAAAAUCUACUUGUUAAAUAACUUGUCUGCAGAUAAGGUGCUCUUUAUCUUGUAUUACUUUUUUAUUUAAGUGUAUUUCCUUUUCUCAAAACCAACCUUUAUCGAGCUGGAGAGUACAUUAUAUUAGAACACUAAGAUGAAAUGUAGAAUAAAUUAUUUUGUAAGGCUGCCCGAAAAAAUAGGAUUUAUAGGUAUCACUGCGUCCCUAAUAUGUAGCCUCAAAAUCUCUCAGACAUUCUGCUUUGAUAUUAAUGUUGAGAUACGUUUGUGAUUUGCUUUUUGUUGUCAGUAGCUUUCUAGCAAUCACCAGUAGAUUUUUCUCUGAAACAGGGCUCUGUAAACCUAACUUGUGUGCAGCAAAGACAUUUUGUUGUUGAAAGUGUCAGGUAUCUUUUCACCAGUGUUUUGGUUGGGAAGAAAGUUCAUGGCUUUUUAAGUCAGAACUUGCCUUACCUCUUUUAAAAGGCAGUUGCCUGUGUGGAGACUCGGCAGUGGCCAGUUUGGUCCACUGUGGGAAUUUGCUCUUAUUAGUAAUGAAAGCGUUUUUUUUGUUUGUUUGUUUUUUGAGUACAACGUUUAUUCUUUUCAUUGAUUGUGGUAACAUUUUAAGCUAGAAGCACUAAUACUCUCUGAUAUUUUCUACCUUAAUUUUCAAAAAAAACUUGUUAACUGUCCUGUUGAAGUUGUAUCCCUAGUAUUUUCUUUGGCAUGAAUGUUUGACACAUGCAGUACGCGAUGCAUCAUGAAAGCUGUUCAGUCUGUAUUGCUAAUAAGUGCUUUUAAAACAACCACAUACUGUAGCUGAAAUAAAGUUCUAAAUGAACCA